AUGCUAGCCCAAAUUUUAAAAGAUAUGUAUAUUGAGCCAGAGCUCUUGGAGGGCUUGUCAGAAGAACAAAAGCAGAUUUUAUUUUGUGCAAUGCGCCAGGAACAGGUACGGAGGUAUAAUCAGUGGAUUCAAACUUCUCCUGAAAAAGACACGAGUAUGUCUUGUUCCCAUUUUUUGCAUCAGACCUUGCGGCAACUCCUACAAAUUUCAUCACAAUCGUUGGACCGUGGUGACAUCUUGCCAGUACCACCUCCCCCCGCUCAUAUUCGUCUCCAGGGUCGUGCGUCCGACCCCACGGCACUACGCCGUCAGCGUAGUGAUUCGACUGAUUGUCCUCCUGGACAAAUGAAGCCGUUCUACGUCCGAAUUCGCUUUUUCGCGUGUUCUGAUGACUGCCUCUUUCGGCUACGACUAAUCCUCGCGUUAGACCUCUCAGACCGUCCCUUUGUUGGACAACUUCAAAUCGCUUUCUCCAAGUCCAAUGUCUACUGCAAGAUGCCCACCGGCAAACAGCACCCUCAGAACAGGCCUGCCGUGGCAACCACGACGUCGGCAACACGAAGUCCACCCGUCAGCGUCACGCGCCUGUCAAAUUGCAUGCGCGCCCGCAUCUCCCAAUUCGAGGACGUCGAUCUUUCCAGAACCCGCAACGCCAACUUCCAAAGAAGUCGUGACACGGGCGACUCUCCUGCGAGGUCGCCGCCUGCAAACCACCUCGACUGGCGGGAGGUUCGUCUGAGAGUCAGACGCCAAGAGGAGGAACACCGUCGAGCCGUCGUGGCAGCUCGUCGAAGCCUUCACCUCGACGUCCACGUCGGUGGAGGUGAGUGGGGUUCUGCUGACUUGCCUGGCGAGUACGCCGCGUCGACUAGGUUUGGAAAAUCGACAUCCCACGGACCCACAAAGCCCUCCAUAACCGAUCUGGUUGUUGCCCAGUCGGCGUCGUCGACGUCAAACGACGCUUCUGUCAACCGGUUCGGUGUCGCCUCGACAAGCGCCCUCCUCGAGGCCUCGCUGAUCUGCGCCGACGUCGACGGAGGCAGCGCGGACAAGUCGGGCACCCUGCGCCUGCAGAAGACCUUCGGCGCGAGCGCCAUCAUGGACUGGUUCAGGGAGUGCGAAGCGCCGCACCUUCUGGCGUCCUUCCGUGAUCCAUCCAACCCCGGGGCACUUCGAAUUCCCACGUGGUUCCACGGCCCCUUGAAACGCCUACCGUCGGAGGCGUUGCUUCAGGGACAGCGGGCGAACAGCUUCCUCGUGCGCAUCAGCGACAGUUUUCUAGGCUACAUUCUCACGCACAUCAACGCCGACGCCGCGUGCACCCACGUCUUCGUCAACCUCGUGAAGCCCCUCGUCAUCAAUGAUGGGGAACAGGAAGGCGCUGAAACGCGACUUUACCAUCUGCACGGCCAGAAACCCCAGUUCCCAUCUCUCCUCGAACUUGUUAAUUAUUACAGAGACCAUUCCAUAAUGCCACACGAUGAGCUUUAUUUACAGUAUCCCGUGGGACAAACCAUAUCGAAGGUCCAUCCUGUCGCCGACUAUUUCCCCCUGCUGUUUCAUCGCAACUCCGCAGACAAGGUCACCGUUUUUUGA